CGCACUCGGCCGGCGCUGCGCUGCGGGGAGGGCGGCUCUGCGAAGCCGUGAGUCCUCCCGCCGCGCUCCGGACCUAGCAUGGCUUUCGCCAAUUUCCGCCGCAUCUUGCGCUUAUCCACCUUUGAAAAGAGAAAAUCCCGGGAAUAUGAGCACGUCCGCCGGGACCUGGACCCCAACGACGUGUGGGAGAUCGUGGGCGAGCUAGGGGACGGCGCCUUCGGCAAAGUCUACAAGGCCAAAAACAAGGAGACCGGUGCCCUGGCAGCAGCCAAAGUCAUUGAGACCAAGAGCGAGGAGGAGCUGGAAGACUACAUCGUGGAGAUUGAGAUCCUGGCCACCUGCGACCACCCGUAUAUCGUGAAGCUCCUGGGGGCCUAUUACUAUGACGGGAAGCUAUGGAUCAUGAUCGAGUUCUGCCCCGGGGGAGCUGUGGAUGCCAUCAUGCUGGAGCUGGAUCGAGGCCUCACGGAGCCUCAGAUUCAGGUCGUGUGCCGCCAGAUGCUGGAGGCUCUCAACUUCCUGCAUAGCAAGAAGAUCAUCCACCGAGACCUGAAAGCCGGCAACGUGCUUAUGACCCUCGAGGGGGACAUCAGGCUGGCUGACUUUGGAGUGUCUGCCAAGAAUCUGAAAACUCUGCAAAAGCGAGAUUCCUUCAUAGGAACGCCUUACUGGAUGGCCCCUGAGGUGGUGCUCUGUGAGACCAUGAAGGACGCCCCCUAUGACUACAAGGCUGACAUCUGGUCCUUGGGCAUCACGCUGAUCGAGAUGGCGCAGAUCGAGCCUCCGCACCAUGAGCUCAACCCCAUGCGGGUCCUGCUAAAGAUCGCCAAGUCGGACCCUCCCACGCUGCUCGCACCCUCCAAGUGGUCUGUGGAGUUCCGAGACUUUCUGAAGAAAGCGCUGGAUAAGAACCCGGACACCCGGCCCAGUGCUCUGCAGCUGCUGGAGCAUCCUUUUGUCAGUGGUGUCACCAGCAACAAGGCUCUUCGGGAGCUGGUGGCCGAGGCAAAGGCGGAGGUGAUGGAGGAGAUCGAGGAUGCCAGGGAUGAUGCCAGGGAAGAUGGAGAAGAGGAGGAAGCUGUAGAUGCCGCCUCUGCCCUGGUCAACCACACUCAGGACUCUGCCGAUGCAACUCAGCCAAGCCUCAACCCUGACAAAGUUCUCCAGGAUUCCUCUGCUCCUCUGUCUCCCAGCCAACCUCAGGAGCCUGUAAACGGGCCUGGCAGCCAACCCUCAGGGGACGGAUCCCUCCAAACCACUAUCCCCGCCGAGGUGGUCCCCAAGAAUGACAGUGACUUAAAGGUGCCUGUUUCCCUCCGGAAGUCCCGACCAUUGUCCAUGGAUGCCAGAAUUCAGGUGGCCGAGGAGAAACAAGCCACUGAUGAGGCGGAGGGCCUCAGUCCUGCAAAUGGCAAGUCCCAGAAGGCAAACCACAGCCGACCUAACAGCAGCGCCCUGGAGACCUUGGGUGGGGAGACGAUAGCCAAUGGAGGCCCGGGACUCCCCAGCUCUGUAGCUCCAAGCCAUGCUAAGAGGGCUUCGGACUGUAGCAACCUGUCUACUACCUCAGAGAGUGUGGACUAUGGCACCUCCCUGUCUGCUGACCUGGCACUGAACAAAGAAACAGGCUCGUUGUCUCUCAAGGGCUCAAAACUGCACAAUAAGACCCUGAAGAGGACCCGCCGGUUUGUGGUGGAUGGCGUGGAGGUGAGCAUCACCACCUCCAAGAUCAUCAGCGAAGAUGAGAAGAAGGACGAGGAGAUGAGGUUUCUCAGGCGCCAGGAGCUCCGGGAGCUCCGGCUUCUGCAGAAAGAAGAACACCGGAACCAGACACAGCUGAGCAGCAAGCACGAGCUGCAGCUGGAGCAAAUGCACAAACGCUUUGAGCAAGAAAUCAACGCCAAGAGGAAAUUCUACGACAUGGAGCUGGAGAACCUGGAGCGGCAGCAGAAGCAGCAGGUGGAGAAGAUGGAGCAGGACCACAGCAUACGCCGCAGGGAGGAGGCCAAGCGGAUCCGCCUAGAGCAGGAUCGGGACUACGCCAAGUUCCAAGAGCAGCUCAAGCAGAUGAAGAAGGAGGUGAAGAACGAGGUUGAGAAACUGCCCAGGCAGCAGCGGAAGGAGAGCAUGAGGCAGAAGAUGGAAGAACACUCGCAGAAGAAGCAGCUGCUCGACCGGGAUUUUGUAGCCAAGCAGAAGGAGGACCUGGAGCUGGCCAUGAAGAAGCUCACCGCAGAGAACAGGCGCGAGAUCUGUGACAAGGAGCGCGAGUGCCUCAGCAGGAAGCAGGAGCUCCUCCGAGACCGGGAGGCAGCCCUGUGGGAGAUGGAGGAGCACCAGUUGCAGGAGCGGCAUCAGCUGGUGAAGCAGCAGCUCAAGGACCAGUACUUCCUGCAGCGGCACGAACUGCUUCGGAAGCACGAGAAGGAGCGAGAACAGAUGCAGCGCUACAACCAGCGAAUGAUGGAGCAGCUGAAGAUCAGGCAGCAGCAGGAGAAGGCACGGCUACCCAAGAUCCAGAGGAGCGACGGCAAGACACGCAUGGCCAUGUACAAGAAGAGCCUGCACAUCAAUGGCGCAGGCAGUGCCUCUGAGCAGCGCGAGAAGGUCAAGCAGUUCUCCCAGCAGGAGGAGAAGAGGCAGAAGGCCGAGAGGCUCCAGCAGCAGCAGAAACACGAAAACCAGAUGCGCGACAUGGUGGCGCAGUGUGAGAGCAACAUGAGCGAGCUGCAGCAGCUGCAGAAUGAAAAGUGUCACCUGUUGGUAGAGCAUGAAACCCAGAAGCUGAAGGCCCUGGAUGAGAGCCAUAACCAGAGCCUGAAGGAAUGGCGGGACAAGCUUCGGCCCCGCAAAAAGGCCCUGGAAGAGGAUUUGAACCAGAAGAAGCGAGAACAGGAAAUGUUCUUCAAACUAAGUGAGGAGGCAGAGCCCAGACCCACCACACCCAACCGAGCCAGCAAGUUCUUCCCCUACAGCUCCGGGGACACUUCCUAACGCCCACAUCCCUGGGCUGUGGUGGGCAACGUAGCAGCCUGGCCCCUGGGGCCUCCAGGCCUCUACAAACAAGUGACUCAGGACCUCGUCCUCUUGCUUCUGUGCCAGCUCCAAACACCCCUUGGCCUGUAGUGCCCUAGUUGUCCUCAGCGCCACCUGGUGCUUCUGAUAGAUGACCUCAUCAAGACCAUCACCUGGAAGUGAUUUGGGCUGUUGGGGUCAAGGGCCAGGCGGGAUGAGUGUACCCCUCUUGUUUGCCAAAACACCAGCUCUACUACUGUCUGUGGGCAUAAGUCCUACUGAUGAUAUCACCUCGAACUCAUCCUUAUUGCAAUCCUUGUGGUUUUUUUUUUUUUUUUUUUUUUUUUUUUUCCAGCAAUUCCCCACAGUGUCGGAAAACAUCCCUAACAGCUAUUUUAGUUCUCAGCAGCUAGCUCUCAGGGGUGUCCUCAUUCCCCUGCUUCACCCAGGCGCUGUGUGUGUGCGCGUGUGGGGGAUUAGGAAUGGGAAAAGGGAGGGCGGAAAUGUUCAUUCUGCUGGUUUCUGGCAUUUAUCCUGUCUUACCCCUCCCUGUGCUCAUGCAUACAUGUACACACACACACACACACACACACACACACACACACACAC